AUGCCCGUUGCCGAGGUCUUUGUGGCUAUUCAAGAGCCCGAUUCCGUCGAGACCAGGGAUCUCGCCCUGAUCACAGGCCUCGAGGCCCCAUCCACCGGCCAAAUCAAGCGCUUCAAGUUCAAGAUCCACGUCGUCAACGCCGCCGCCCGGGUCCUAGGCAUCAUCAUCAUCGACCACACCAUCAACCUGCUGCCCGGCAGCCACGAGAGCAUCGCGGCCAACUUUGACAAGCUCACCAACGCGGCGCAGAACGCCGUCUUCGACUUUGCGACGAGCAUGGUUUCUGGUGUCUUUGAUCUCACCCUCAUUGCGGCUGGUGUCGCUACCGGUAUUGCCUCGUCUAGUGGUAUUCACCUUGGCGGCACCGUUGUUGCGAAGACACUGCAUGUCUUCAAUGAGAACAAUGCCAAGAUUGGUUCAAUCAACCUUUGA